CUGAGGGUGCAAUUCUCAGUCAACACCGAUAGGGGGAGACUUUCAUUUCUUCAUCUGAACAAGUAUGGCGGCGUACAGAAGGAAAUUGUUUGCUGUCGGAUUGAGCUGGGCAGCUUUGAUGAGCAGAAGCGUCUGUCAGAGCAGCCGCAGACUGGCUGUGCUGCCCACACUCCUCAGAAACAACUGGAAGACUUUGAGUGUCACAGGUGCUCUGUGUGCUGUUCCUUUCAUCCAGAAACCAGAAAAUCUGUCCCAUAAAGAUCUGGUUCGGAGAGCAUCAUCUCUGGUCACAAACAGUGCUAAUACUUACCUCUCACAAACAACUUUAGCACUGCUUGAUUCCAUUUCAGGUUAUAAUAUGGCUAUAGACAGACUUGUGUCAUUACACAAGCACUAUGUGGAUUCCAUCAACAGAAUCAGUUCUGUGGAUGAGGAUGCAAUCUGGCAGCUCAUUCUUAGGCGUCGUCAGGAGGUAAUUGACAGGAGAAAGGAUUACAAACGAUUUGAAUCCUGCUGGAUGAAGGCAAUCGAUCUCUCAAAGCUGGCAACAGAGGCAGCUUUCAAUGCAGGGGCUGACCAAGCUUCUAUGACAGCAGAGAACAGUCUACAGCUCGCACAGUCCCAGGUGGAAGAGGCUCAACAGCUGAUGCUGGAAGCUGAGAGACAACUCAAAAACUCUAAAGCUGAGGAAAGUGAGAGGCUUCAAAAUGCUUUCAGCACUGCAAUGGAGGAGGAAGACGUCCCAGAUGCAUAUUUACGAGAGGACUAGUCACAUCGAGACCUUUAACACAGCUUUAAAGUAUCUUAAGCACUCUGGUACAAAGACCUGUACAACUACUGAAGCACAGAAUUGUAUUUCUGUUUGAUUAAUUGGGCAAAUGCUGUGAAAUGUGGGAGACUCUGUGGUGCAUCCAGGAGAAUUUAUAUAAAUUAAGUAUUAAAUACAAAACUAUGAUGGUUGGAAAAGGGACUUGGUAGAUAAAUACAUUCUAGAUCAGGGGCUUCACAUUUGCUUGUAAUUGUCAAAUGCAAUUGCAAUGUAAUUUUUGGGGAUUUAAAAACUUUUUUACUGUAUUGACAAUAUGUUUGAUUUAUAAUUACAGACACAUGCUAACUUUGUGAUUUCUUGUUAAUUUUUUAAAUAAACAUUCUCUCGUCAGUCUGGUUUUUCCGAGCCAGCCUUCCAAA